AUGGCUGAACAGACUUGCACGGCUCGAUUUCUGGAUUAUUGGAUUAAACUGGUUUCCCACAGGAGAAGUUUCUUCCUUGGUUUCUGUGUUUUAAACUUUGUAUUUUCCCUCGUGGCGACUCUAGGAAAUCUUUUGGCCAUCCGUGCCUUAAUGAAGACCUCAACGAUACCAGCCACCGUCAAGAAGAUGUUCCUAAGUCUGGCUUUCUCUGAUCUUGCAGUUGGAUUGUUACCGCAGCUAAUGACCGCUAUUAUGAGCGCCGUGAUGUUGAAAAUGGCAUCAAGUGGAGACGACUUUGCCUUCUUUUGUCCAACAGUUUUUUUGAUUGUGCAUUUAUAUUUUCUGUAUCUUCUCGCCGCUUCAUCUUUCCUGAAUGUUAUUAUCAUUGCAUUUGAUAGAAUUCUCGCUGUUUCGCUCCAUCUGCGAUAUGAGGAGCUUGUCACGCCCAGACGUGUUACAAUAGUGUUGGUGUCUUUAUGGUUAACAAGCUGCAUCUUCCCCUUCCUGGUUAUUUUCCUCCCGAAAGGCAUUGAAAUGAUACCUGGCGUUAUUUCCGUUAUAGGAUAUGUUCUGACAACCGUGGCGUACAUUCGUCUUUACAAAGUUGUCAGAUAUCAUCAGAAUCAGAUAUACAGUCAAAAUCAGCUUCAACAUGCCCAAAGAAGAGAGGCACACCGACAAAGGAAGUCAGCCUAUAAUAGUUUAUUUGUCUCUGUAGUUUUCUUAGCAUGUUAUUUUCCCUUUUUGCCUUGCACAAUAUUGUAUGUGACAAACAGUUCAGAAAUUUCAUUUCUCGUGGCUCAUUUUGCGUCUAUGCUCCUGAUUUACCUGAAUUCAUCAUUAAAUCCCUUUGUUUAUUGUUGGAGGUUCCCAGAGAUUCGCCAAAGUGUAAAAAGCACAGUAAAACAGAUAUUUCAAAUGAACGAGAACAUGUCAUAAAGAAGGAAUUAAAGAUCUGGGUAGUUUGAACCUAUAGUCUUUUCAGUGUCUUUGCGAAGACUGGAAAACGAAAUUUAUUGAGAAAACUAAUGGACUUGCUUUAGGCCAAAAGAAAAUGCAAAAUGUAAAACGAAAAAGAAUAGUCUAUUACAAAACUGGCUUGCUAUAGGCGCACGCAUCGAUUUUAAAAUAUUACAUUUAAAAAUUUAAACGAUUUAGCUCCUUACUAUUUGACUUCGCUCCUUCUCAAAUACCAGCCGGAUCGUUUACUCCGCUCAUCUAAUAGAUUUGCUUUUACAAGUUCCUUCUGUUAAUACCGUGGCUUAUGACACCGCUCAUUUUCAUACCAUACACCGAUAAUCUGGAACAGUCUACCAGAUCAUAUCAAAAACUCUCAAUCUGUUUCUACUUUAAAGCAACGUUUGAAAACUUUUCUUUUUAGGAACAACUACUAUAUAUAGUUUCACUUAGACUUUAUUUACUAUUAUAAGCGCAUGGAGAAUUCUUUAAAUGCGCCAUGAAAACCUACUACUACUAAUACUAUUAUUAUUAUUAAAAUAGAAAUGGUCUUGAGAUAUUGGGAAAGGACAAAUGACUAGUAAAGUCGUCACCGUUAUAACUUUCACAAAUUUCUCACAGGAACAAAGUUAUGAGGAUCUUGUCAUGUGAUGGUCUAACUUUGCUUAGCCCUUUGAGCCCUAAGAUUGAUCAUAAUCAAAGUUCUCCUUGUAAUACCUAUGCUUUGGAACACGGAGCGGUCAUGAGAAUUACGGACAUGAUUACACAGAUUCUUUAACAACUUCUCCCAACUACUCUUAUAGGAAAUGUAAAGGGACAACAAAUAGACAAUACAAUUUAAAGGAUUAAUAUGUGGCAAGUAUAAUUCUUGCACAAAAUGGUCAUAGAUCUUUGCCAAGAAAAAGCAUUUCAAAUUCCACUGACUGAUGAGAAAGGCCAAAACUAUUAGGUUCAGGUCCUUCCAGAAACCUCACCGGCUUUGAAAACGCAAAACCCUCGCAAACGUCACAUUAAACUACGAAACAGGUGUUACAUUUUUCAAACUAAACGUUUGCGUCGGAUUGCUUAGAAUUUUAAAACGAAUAGCAUUAAAAAAAUCCAUCACUACUUUAUUAUGUUUCCAAGAUUUCCAACUGGUCGGUUAAAUUGAGAGACAAAUCUCGCCGUUUCAACGUUUUAGAAUGAUUUAAUCUUCUUUAGUUAAACCAGGCGUUUUAGAUUAAACAAGCAUAUCUUUCCCAGCUUGAAACUACUUACAUAUUAAUUAUCAACGAAGAGGUAAUUGUAUUUGGUAAUUGUAUUUUCCCUCGUGGCGACUCUAGGAAAUCUUUUUGUCAUCCGCGCCUUAAUGAAGAACGCAACGAUACCAGCUAACGUCAAGAAGCUGUUUCUAAGUCUGGCUUUCUCUUAUCUUGCAGUUGGAUUGUGUUCGCAGCUAAUGACCGCUUUUUUCAGUGCCGUGAUAUUGAAGAUGGCAUCAAGUGGGGACGACUUAGCCUUCUUUUGUCCAACAGUUUUGAUCGUGCAUUCAUAUUUUGUGUCUCUUCUCGCCGCUGCAUCUUUCAUGAAUAUUACUGUCAUCGCAGGCGAUAGACUUCUCACCAUUUCGCUCCAUAUGCGCUAUCAGGAACUUUUCACGCCCUUACGUGUUACAAUAGUGUUGGUGUCUUUAUGGUUAACAAGUUGCGUCUAUGCCUUCACAUUAUUUUUCACUCCAAAAGGCACUGCAAUGGCAGGUACGGUUAUUUCCGUUAUAGGAUAUGUUCUGACAACCUUGGCGAAUGUUCGUAUUUACAAAGUUGUCAGAUAUCAUCAGAAUCAGAUAUACAGGCAAAAUCAGCUGCAAAAUCCCCAAACAAGAGAGGCACACCGACAAAGGAAGUCCGCCUAUAAUAGUUUAUUGA